GUAAGUACGAACCUUCACUCGACAGCAAGAUACCAUAGCCACUGAUUUCCUAAUAGCAAACUGCUUGGAUUUAUUCUAGGUGAGGGGGCUGCUGUUCUACCAUUGCUAGUCAGCGCUGUGCUGUGUUUGGGGUGCACCAUGCUGCACGCAGCUCCCCUGCCAGAGUUCUCCGGGGAUCAGGAUUUCCAGCAAUUCCUGCAGAAGGACCUGGAAUACAUCCGCAAAAUCAAAGGGGACGUCGCCCAGGUGGAGGAGCUUGUGUGCACGACCCUCCAGCUCUGCAACGAGGAGGAGCUGAUGCUUGUCAAGCAGAAACUGGGCAUUUCCCAGGCCCCGCUGGAUCAGUGUCACAGCAAGACCUUCGAAGUGGAUGCCUGCUUCAGCCAGAUCCGGGACGGGCUCCAAAUCUACCACGGCCACCUCGCCCUCCUCCUCCAGCUCCUGCCGGCUCACUCCAGCCUAGUGGAUGCCCUCCAGCUGGACGUCUCGAACCUGUCCACUAACAUCCAGCAGCAGAUGGAGGAUCUGGGUCUGAACACGGUGACGUACCCCAAGGCCGAGGGCCAGGGCACCCUCCCCAGCCUCUCGUCCGACUUCGACAAACAAGCCGGCGGAUUCAUCAUCCUCGCCAACUUCAAGCGUUUCCUGGAGACGUCCUUGCGGGCCCUCCGCCACCUCACGCUGGUGUGAAGGGGCGCAGGGGUUGGCGCCUGAGAAGUCCCAUGCCUUGGGGAGGGGCUCCGGGCUUUGAGAUCUAAGGGGGAGUUUUACGGGGGGUGUCUCCCAGCCGGAGGAUGCUCUGCUCAUCCAGCCUGGAUUCUCCCUUAUUCCCCCCACCACCUCCACUCUGCAAAGCAACAACCAAGGCUCUUAACUAUUGUACUGGGGCAUCAGCAGCAGCUGCCCCUCCCUCUCGGGGUCAAUGGCAAACCCUGCCCCAAACCCGUUUACUAUUCCCCGGGGUUUGAGGCUGGGCAUGGUUCUCUUUUAGGGUGACCAGAUAGCAAGUUUGAAAAAUCAGGACAGGGGUGGGGGUAAUCGGUGCCCCAAAUACUGGCACUGUCCCUACAAAAUCGGGAUAUCUGGUCACCCUGUGUUAUUUAAAGGUUAUUUAUUUCUCAUUCGUGAGCUUC